AUGGAUGAACCAAUAACAUUCAUAGGUUAUGUGUAUUGUAGAAAUCAUUUCGCCAAAAUAGAAUUUGUUGAUGUUAAACACAACUAUGACCUAAUCAGACCAAUUAGAAAAAGCAUUCUACUACAAGUCCCUGCCAACAAUCGUAUUCUUUUAUACAAUCGUUUAAAACAAGGUGAAGACAUGGUCUUGUUAGAACUGGAAAGUAAAAUAGACAAGAGUUUAAAAGAAAUUGAAGUUAAAGUUUUAAAUGAAAAAGAAACCAAUCAACGUCAAAGAAUUGAUUACCCCAUGUUGGCAAUAAUACAUUAUCUAGAAUCUACAACACCAACAACCCAAAAGUCCAGAAGAUUGAAAAAGAGUCUUAAAAAAGAAUAUCCAGGGCCAUUGAUGCAUGAAAACAUCCAUCUCCUUGGAUCUGGCAUUUCAGGUCUGGUCUUGUCAAUCACCAACAAAAAAGACAAAGAAACCACUACGGCCAAAGAUCAUGAACUUUCAAUAAUGGAGGCGAUUAUUGACAAUAAUAAUAUUAUAUAUGUUCCAAAACUCAUUGAUCAUGGUUACAAUUGGAUAGCUACUCAACCUGUUGGAGAACCUUUCACUAUUGAAAACUAUUCCUUUUUUCAUUUCUCAACUAUUUUAGACACUCUAGGAAGAAUUCAUAAAAAAGGUAUCAUUCAUCGAGAUGUCAGAGCAUCAAACAUUAUCAUUGAUCCUUUUGGAAUGCCAAUUCUCAUUGAUUGGGGUUCAGCUGUUUUUGAGGAUAAACAGGAUCAGGAGGUUUACACUGGAACAUACUAUACUGCUUCAGACAGGAUUCUAGAUCUAAUGGAUCACGGGAAAUUAAUAUUUGCCACCAAAUUUGAUGACAAUGAGUCAUUUGUAAAGACCUUCAUCUUAAUGUCUUGUCCAGCAAUCCGAUCAACUAUACUUUCAAUCGAGUCUGAUCGACCAGACCUUGUUUUAAAAUCUUGGAGGGAAAUAGAAUUGCCUCAAUUCUUUAGAGACCUCAUAAAAUAUUCUAGAACAGACAUUAAAUCUCUUAGACUAGAAUUUUCUUUAGAUGAGGAAAAAAAUGAAGAGAAGAAACAAAAGAAGAUGACAAAGAAGUUAAAUAUGAAGAAGAAGAAGAUUGUUAAAAAACCAACAUGUUAUAAAUGUUGUAAAAUUUUAUAA